AGCAAGAAGGUAGAGCAAAGUAAGAAACCCAUAAAAGAUCACCAAGGAAGACAUAGCUUUUAUCAGCCCUUCAGAAUCUCCCGCAUCACACUACACUGCAAAUUCCUUCUGAUCACUUGGAUUUUACAGUAUAAAUAAAAAUGUCUCGGAGAUAUGAUAGCCGCACAACAAUCUUUUCCCCUGAAGGACGUCUGUACCAAGUUGAGUAUGCUAUGGAAGCCAUUGGAAAUGCUGGGUCUGCAAUAGGAAUAUUAUCCAAAGAUGGGGUUGUCUUGGUUGGUGAAAAGAAGGUUACAUCCAAGCUAUUGCAAACGUCAACUUCCACUGAGAAGAUGUACAAGAUUGAUGAUCAUGUGGCUGUUGCAGUGGCUGGAAUUAUGUCUGAUGCCAACAUCCUAAUCAACACUGCAAGGAUCCAAGCACAACGCUACACCUUUGCAUACCAAGAGCCAAUGCCUGUAGAGCAGUUAGUUCAAUCCCUUUGUGACACCAAGCAAGGGUACACACAGUUUGGUGGUCUUCGGCCCUUUGGUGUCUCGUUUCUGUUUGCAGGAUGGGACAAAAAUUAUGGUUUCCAACUUUACAUGAGCGAUCCUAGUGGAAAUUAUGCUGGCUGGAAAGCUGCAGCAAUUGGUGCAAACAACCAGGCUGCACAAUCCAUGUUAAAGCAGGAUUACAGGGAUGAAAUCACAAGGGAAGAAGCUGUCCAGCUUGCUUUGAAGGUGCUCAGCAAAACUAUGGAUAGUACAAGUCUUACUUCAGAGAAGCUUGAACUGGCUGAGGUCUUCCUUUCUCCUUCUGGGAAUGUCAAAUACCAAAUUUGCCCACCCAAUGCUCUAAGCAAGCUGUUGGUGAAGAUUGGGGUUACCCAACCAGCUGCUGAGACUUCCUGAUUCGACCUCUCUUGUAUCUCCUUCAAGUACAUUACUGCUCUAGAUAAAUUUAUUUCUUGGAGUAUCGUUCUAUUCUCAGAAUGCUUCAUGCAAAUGAGACUUCCAAAAUCAUGUGCAUGAUUAGAAUUACAGUACUAUGAGAUAUUUAUGAUGGUUGAUCUGAAUUUACCCAAAGAAGCCAUCAUGUCUUGUGUUGAAAUUAUUACAUAAUCACUACUGUUUUUUUUUAUUUUAGGGCAAAAAUAUACACUUCCAACUAAAUUUUAGACUC